GACACCAAUCAACAAAUUGGAUAGUGCGGUUAGUCCUGAUGGUAACGACUGCAGAGCUGAUAUCCUUAGGGAUGAUAUCACCACGGUUUUGUCAGAUGAGAUAAUUGGUGCAUAUGCGACCAAUGGAAAAUGGAUACGAGGAUAUGGGACAAGGUUUUCUUGGAAGUCGGUCAAUUUGGUGUUGAGGGAACAAUCAUGUCCUAAAGAAGCAAUAGUGGAAGAUAUUACUUGA